GAUGGCGGAAAAAUAACUUAAUAUUCAGGCGUUUGUACUCCGAACUCAGUUCCAGCCAAUCUUUCGAAGUGAUCGGGUCUCGCAGAGGAUAAAUACAUCGUAUAAAAUAAACAAACACAUCUUCCAGCUGGUGAGGAAUUCCAGAGGAAGACCAUGAAAGUGUUGCUCUUUUGGUGCGCAUUUUGCGUGCUCACUGCUCCCGGUAGUGGAGGAGGGGUCAAGGAGACUGUGGACAUAAUACGGUUGAUCCAGGACGUGACGCACUCCAUCCUAAAGUCAUGGGACCUGAUCAACAAGAUGCCGGUGGCCGAGGUCACCGCGGGAGCCAUGAUCUACGAGAACCAGCGCCAGAUGAUGGACAAGAUCGAGGAGGUCAGCGGGAAUAUACGGAGUCUGGAGGAGCAGCAGGCCAGGAGCACUGCCCUGACCAUUGAGACGCUGCUGCGGGAGAUGCAGGACAAGUCCCAGCUGCUGCACCGCCUCAACCAGCUGAGGGACCUCACCAAGCUCGUGGAUCUCCGCUACGGGCAGCUGCAGACCUAUGAGCAGCACCGGGAUUCCCUCGAGCCCAGCACCCUGAUCAACUUCGCCAAGUGGACCGUGAAUCCCGGCCCCAACUCGAUUUCCUUGUUGCUGCAACAGCACCACGACUGUCUGUUCGUAGGCGACUCCGUUCCUCCGGAACAGGACUACACCCACUCCCUGCUUGCGGAGCUGACGGCCAGUUUUGAUGCGGACCCAGGGCAAAUGUGCCGGGCCAGGCAGUCUGCCCAACAGUUCGCCUACCACCUCUUCACCAAGUGGGUUUUCACGGAGCUGAAGGGCUACAGCAUGAUAGAGCUCUCCUGGAUGAUCCUGCGCCAGUUCGGGCGGGGAAACUUCACCCAGGAGCUGCUGCUAAUGCGUGAGGCACACCAAACGCGCUUGGAGCAGGCCCAGCAGGUGCUCCAGCAGGUCAUGUCCCACAGCAACCGCCUGUACUGGCGCUGCGAUCCUGGAAAAGAAGAACACGUCGAGGGAAAAACCUACGAACGCGUCACACGCCUGCUGCAGGGCUUUGUGGAGAACGAGGUCAACCUGAAUCCGGAUCAGAGCUGCCUCAGCGAAUGCCCCGAUUACCAUGACACGCGUUCCAGUGGCUGCUAUCAGCCGGAGGAGGAGUUCUGUGGCCAGCAGCCCACCUGCAAGGGCAGGCUCUACAACUGCAACUACAUCGACUCGGACAUGUCCAUCUGCCUGGCCUCCAACAGCUCCACAAGGCGCUAUGACUACAUCAACUUUGGAGGCAAUAAGCAGGGGAAGGAGUGCAAGUCCAAGGUGCGGGAGCCCUCGUCCUGGUCCAGCUGGAUCUUCUGGCGCUGCCACUACUGCUUCUGCCUCUGCGAUGAACCAGGGCCUAAGUCAGAUCGCUACUUCAACCUUCGUGACUCCAUGACGGACUUCAAGCAGAACAAGAUUGUGACUGGAGUCCGCUUUGUGAAGAGCCAGCGGGUCUUCCACCUGCAGCUGCAGCAAAGUGAGCUCCUGCCCCGAGGAGCCAUCAAUAACAGCUCGAUGGAGUGGCUGCCAGUGGAGGAUUACAACGUGAGUGAUGUGGACAUUCGUGAUGGCUACGACUACCACACCUUGAGCAUGGACAGCAGAGGCCUCGACCUGGAUGAGAUUUCAGCUAAUUCAAGCGACCAGGUGGUCACCGGAGUCCGUUUCAGGAUCUUCAAGAAACAUCUCAACCUCGAGGUGCGUUUCAGCUACUUUAAUUUCUCCACCGGUCUGCUGAUCGAACCGCUGACCAAGAGCUACUGGCUGGGCAAUGAAAACUCCCACCUUGAGGGUCAGCGAAAGAAGUUGAUCUUGAAGGAGAGUGACUUGCCCACCGUCUCGGAGCUGCCCUCUAUACCGCUUUCCAAGGACAACCAGUACAUGGAGUUCGGCAGCUCCAGCCGGUUGAACGAUGCGGCUCAGAACACUUUGCCUUUCGUAGAUGUCCAGGAGGUGGUUCCACAUCCCGCGGUCCCGUUGGCCGGCUUGGGAAUCUACUACAAGGGACGACCUGGUUUCGGCGGCUUCUUCGCCCCCAAGGUGGUUACCUUUGAUUUAACCAAACAGUUGUUGGAGCCUCGUACCUAGGGUCGCGGAAAAUUUAAACUUGACGAAUUUCUUUUAUUUGCCAGCAUGUGCCAAAAGAAAAGCUGAUAUGGAACAUUAAACAGUAAGGGAAGAUUCCCAGAAACCAGAAAUAUUAAAUAUAUGCAAUAAACCUAUGCCAGAAUAAUAAAAUUUGCUUAAUAAAAAUAAAAUCAUAGAUACACAAAAUUGUUUUUUUAUGAAAUGGUAAUUAAAAUAAAUAAAAUUAAAACUUUUUA